ACGAUGGUCCAUCGUCCAACUGGUACGUGAAAUAGUCGAUGAACCUUUUACAGAAAUAACUUUUUUAUUUCCUCUGUAAUUUUAAACCCGUCAUUGCAUUAUGGCUGGUGUUUUAGCCGCUAUUAUUUACGCUGGCAUUGCAACGUAUGCUGUUUUCUGUUUCAUGGACUGGAUAAAAAUGAGGCGAAGAGAUAUGGUCAAGAAAGUCAAGGGAAAGCCGAACGAACCCGUUGAAUGCAAAAUACACGACGGGGAAUUUCCAGUACUCUCAGGAUGGAAGUUGUAUUUGUUACAUUGUAUUUUUACAUGGAAAUUUGCUGCAUUUCUAAAAAACAUCAUUGCCAAAGAAGCCCUCAAAAAUGCAGAUGUUCACUAUUUACGGCAGAUGGCAAUCCCUGAUCAUCCCACCCUUAUCCCUCAAGUAUUGCCGACUAAAGAACAAGAUUGUCCACCGGAAGACAUACAGGCAUUGUUGAAAAAACCUUCUAAUGUCAAAGGAUUUCAACAUAUAUCUAUUGCCAAACUGAUUGAAGCAUACAAGAGCGGCAAAACAACACCAUACGAAGUCACUACAAAUGCACUAAAAGCCAUUGAAAUGUCCGAGAAGGAUGAGAUGGCUCUCAAAGCUUUCGUUCAAGUCAACAAAAUGGAUGCAUUGAAGAUGGCUGAAGAAUCAACGAAGCGCUAUGCUGAGAAAAAGAUAUUAUCUCUUAUUGAUGGGAUUCCUUUUGGUGUUAAAGAAGAGACACAAGUGGCUGGCUAUCAUACAAGAUAUGGUACAUCAUUCAUGGGCGAAGAAGUUGAACAAACUGAUAGCAACCUGAUUUCGCGUUUAAAAGAACUGGGUGCUGUUAUCAUUGGAGUAACAAAUAUGCAUGAGUUAGGAAUGGGUACUACUGGUGUCAAUCCUAACAGAUACCAUGGUACCACCCGUAAUCCUUAUAAUCUAAGUUGCUACAGCGGUGGAAGUUCUAGUGGUUCAGCAUCAGCUGUCGCUGCUGGUUUAUGUCCGUUUGCUCUUGGUUUUGACGGAGGUGGAUCGAUUCGUAUUCCCUCAACUUUGUGUGGUGUUGUUGGAAUGAAGCCCACUUUUGGUAGAUUGACCUUACAAACGCCAUGGACAGGAAGCUUCUCUAUUACACACGCUGGUCCCAUCUGCAAUAACGUUCGCGAUACAGCGAUAAUAUAUUCUCUUGUCUCUGGUCGCGAUCCUGAAUACCCUCCUGGAAUGAUCCAACCAGAACAUGCCACUCUUAAAGAUUUUGAAAAUAUGGAUCUUUCAAAUUUGAACAUUGGCGUUGACUGGGAUUAUGCACAGUGUGCCGAUGAAGAGAUCGUCGAGCAUUUUAAAAAAGGUGUUGAAUACCUAAAGGAAAAGGGCGCAAAUAUCGUCUCUAUACAAAUUCCUGAACUGGAAGAAACGCGCACCGCUCACGGAAUCACAAUAUCUACGGAAAUGGUGGCUUCAAUAGACAGUAAACAUCCCAAUGAAUUCGAACAGUUGAACCCAGACACGUUUAUUCUUAUGAGUUUUUUUAAGAAAUUCGAGCCAACGGAUUAUCUGCUGGCGCAAAAACAAAGGACUCGCGCUAUCGGAUUUAUGAAAGAAAUCUUCUCAAAUGUCGAUUGUAUUCUAACACCAGGAUCUGCUUGCACAGCUAAAGAAAUACCUUGGGAUUACUUAAACUGUGGAAUGAAUGAUAUCUCUACAACGAUAAAACACAUGAGAUUUCAUUUCUUGGGCAACUUCACCGGCAUUCCCGGAGUUGUUGUGCCCAUUGGAUAUGACAACAAGGGUCUUCCUGUGGCAAUGCAAGUAAUGGCAUCAUGGUGGGAUGAGCAUGUCGCGUUACGCGUGGCUCAUUGUCUCGAGGGCAUGGUAACGAGAAAGAAACCGGAAGUUUAUUUUGACAUCAUGAAUCCAAAACAAUGAUAUAGUUUGCUGCAGGCAAAAAUGACUGUGAGUAUAUUAAUCGAUGCGUCUGAUCUUUGUAAAACAAUCUCGAAUGUUCAAAUUGAUUGUUUAAUGCAGGAUUAUAAAUAAAAAUGAUUUACAAAGUA